GGGGGGGUCCAGCACCCUCUGGGGGCCCUCCGAGGCCUGCCAGCCCCCAAGAGCCCAGGAGGAGCUCUUUCCUGCAGGCACCCCAGGCCCGGCCCCCAGAAAAACAGAGCCACCAAGGCAGGCCCCGGGACAGGCCUCGGAGCCUGGGACACCCUGGGGCUGGGGGGAGCCCGUGCCUGGGGAUGCCCGCAGAACCGAAGAGCUCGGGCUCUCCUCCCCCGCCUGAGGGAGGAGCAGAGAAAGCGGGGACGGGCGCCCCAGGGGCCCGGCAAAGGGGCUGGGAGAGGCCUCAGUCCCAGAAGAGAAGCCCAGAAACCCGGAGAGGGUCCUUCAGGCGAGCCGGCUCUCCCAGCUCCCUCCUGGGAGCUCGGGGGGACUGGGCGGCCUCGGCUUCCCUCGGGGCCCGGGGCCAGGCUGGGAGCUUCCGGAAGACGAGCUCCCCCGAGAGGAAGCCAGGCCGGCACAGCCCCGUCGGGUCACGGGGAUUCUGCCGCGGAACGGAACAGGGGCCAGAAGGCGGGUCCUGGGAAGAGGCUGAGGGGGCCCCCCUUUGCCCACAGCGGGAGGAGUCGAGGCUACCAGGGUACAAUUAGCCUCUCUGGCACCCUCCCCACCGGCAGAGGCCGGGACAGCAGCCGGAAGACAGCACUCGGAAGACGGCGCGGUGGAGGCUGGGGCAGGGGCAGGCUGCCUUCUGGGAACCCUCCGAUCUGUGAUGGAGAGCCUGGACGAGUGUGGAGAGGGCACCGGGCUAGAGCCCUGCAAGACCCCCAUGCCUACGUGACGUUCAAGGAUGUGGCCGUGGACUUCACCUGGGAGGAGUGGAGGCUCCUGGACCCUCCCCAGAAGGAACUGUUCUGGGAGGUGAUGCUGGAGAACUACAGGAACCUGGUCUGCCUGGGCCUUGCUGAUUCAAACAAGGAUGUGAUGAUGUCUAAGCUGGAGUCAGGGGAACCACAUUGGAUUCCAACUGGUGGUGUCCUAAGAAGCUGCUGGCCAGAGAGAAUGGGCUCCUGGGUGAUCCCCUCAGUGACCUUCUGGGCCAGGAACUCCUCUCUCUGCCACAGAUCCCACAUAGAAUUCCUUCCUGCCUCCUCCACUUUGAAUCAUUUUGCCUCAAAAGGUUGGGAAUCGAGGCUGCAGACCAAGGAGUCAGCUCCCAAGAUGAGUAUUUCUGUGAAAGUCUUAUCCCAGGAAAAGUCCUUGGAGGAUGAUCUAAGAAUCUGCAAGAUGGAGAAAGCCUGGGAGUGUGAUGGCAGGUUGAAGAAAAAGGAGAGCAUGGAGGGGAAACCUUCUAGAAGAAUAAAAAUAAUCCAAGCAGAACCUCCCAAUGAGGCUGGAGGCUCUGCAUAUGAUAAAUACAGUCAGACCCCUAGCCCAGAGCCAGACCUUUUUCCACAACAGGGAGCAUCUGUAGUUAUGCAGGGCCAGAAAGGAGAUAACCAGAGAGGGCGUUCCACCAUGUAUUUGAACCAAGGACAAAGAGAUCAAAUCCAUUCCAGGAAGAAACGUCGUAAUAAGGUUACAAAAUGUCAGAAAGUGCUGGGCCAUGAUUUGGGCUCCAUAAAAAAACGUGGAAUUCUUUCUGAAGAGACAGUUCAUGAAACGGGGAAUUCAUUCCCUCGUAUUAAUGAAUGUGGUCCACACCAGACAACCGAUAGGAGAAAAAAGUGUAAUGAGUUAACUAAAUGGAGGAAGACAGUUUGUGCUGAACUUUACUCUCGUUGUCAGAGUAGAGAGAGACGGUACAAAUGCAGUGAAUGUGGAAAGGCCUUCCAGAAAAAGGAGCAUCUUAAAAUACAUUACAGAAUUCAUACUGGAGAGAAACCUUUUAAAUGCAGUGACUGUGGGAAAGCCUUUUCUAGGAGCACAAGCCUAACUUUACAUCAGAGAUCUCAUACUGGAGAGAAACCAUAUGCAUGCAAUGAAUGUGGGAAGACAUUCCGGUCAAGCUCUCACCUUUCAGGACACAGGAGGAGAACUCAUGAAGGAUUAAGACUUCAUGAAUGCAGUGUAUGUGGGAAAGCAUUCUCUGGGAAGUAUGAUCUUAGUAAUCACAGUAGAAUUCAUACUGGCGAGAGACCUUUCAAAUGCAGUGAAUGUGGGAAGGCCUUUUACAGUAACUCAGAUCUUACCAGGCAUAAUAGGAUUCAUACUAGAAAGAAAUCUUUUCAAUGUAACAUUUGUGGGGAAGGUUUUCUCUGGAGAAGCUGACUGACCCUACACCAGACAAUUCACACUGGAGAGAUGAGAGAGACUGGCUCUACCAAAUAAUUGAAGGGACCCCAGGACAGGGUGGGGGAGAUGAGAAAAUAGGUUUGGGUUAAGGAGGGCCAGAGAUAAGCUGGUAGCUAAUCAAGGCAAAGUUUAUUGAUUAUGCUUUCCAUUAUAUGGAGAGUCUGAAACAAGCUUAGGUAAGCUUUUCACAUUCACAAUGGAAGGUAAUGAUGUACAGGUUUGGUACAAAGGGUUUGGUUUAUCUCAUUGAAUCUAGACAGUUUUCUGUAAGCUGAUAAAUGUGGCUUAAUUAAGUGGCUUAGUUAAGACUCAUCAGUCUUGAGGAGGCUUGCCAACUCCAGGAAUUGUUCUGACAUGAACUGUUCUUUUGGCUUGUCCCCAAGUCAUGGAUUCUGUGACUUGGGUCCUCAGGGUGGUCCUUUGUGUUCUUCAUGCUCCAUUGUUCACAAGGGUCCUCUACCACAUAUGUCUGUUGCUUCUGGCUUGAUGACUAGGUGGAUCUACAACCCUUCAUUUACUGUGUAAAUAAAGGGAAAAGCCUCAACCCCCAUGUUAUAUAAUUCUAUAAAAAACUGAUAGUUCUGGGAUGGAUGAUGUUCCUUUCAAAUGCAGUAUGGUAUAGAAAUAGAAUGGUAUUUCUUUUUUUUUUUUCUGAUCAGUUUGCCUAGUCUCUGUUUACUCUAAAAAGAAUAAUUUUCCCAGCUUUGUUAGUGACUUGGAAGAGAACCAACAUUAUCGUCAUAGGUAACAUUUUUUUUUACACUGUCAUAACCAAUUUACCUUAAGCUUUUAGUUCAUAGUAAAAAUCAUAAAACGUAUUUUCAGUUUUUGUAGACUCAUGCUUGCACAAAGUACAUGUUUUGGUAAUACUCAAUAUAUUACUAGUUAGUAAAAAAUUUUAUUUUUUUAAGUAAUUAUACAUAUGACACGUGAACUGGAGAUUAAUCAGAGUCUUGGUGGUCUAAAGUCAUUGUUAAAAUAGUUUUUGAGUCUGCUUUGUCUAAAAAUUUGGAAACGUUUACAAUUUGCAUUUGGUGUACAGACACAUUCUAGAUUUUUUCCAUGAAAUGUAUAAUCUUUCAUUAAUGAUAUUUCUAUCUAGGCAUUUGAGUAGUUUAUUCAAUUGCUAUUGUUUAUUUAAAUUAUUCUCUUUUAUAGAUAUGUACCAUUUUAAAAAUAUCUAUUUACUUUUGGCUUUGGUUGGAGUAUUUUUUAUACCAGAUCAAAAUUUUAUGAAGCUACCUUAGGUUUUAAUUUUCUGUUAACUGUGAAGAACGGAUUAAUGUUUGUAGAAAAUUCUAAGUCUUAUAAAGAUUAACUCUCCCCUGAUUGUGAAAAUGAAAUUAACUCCCCUGCCCACUUUUAGAUUUAAUCACCAAAAGUGUAAACACCCUACUUAAAGUUGAGUGGAGAUAUCUGCCCAUUUUUAGACUUAAUCACCAAAACUUAUAAACAUCCUACUUAAUCAUUUAGUGGGAAAGUCUGAGACCCACGUGUGCAAUAGUAGGUGACAAAUCAGAAUCAAACUGACAGCCCCUGGGCUGUCCUAAAGCAAAGCUUCAGCUGUGAUUGGUAGAUGUAAAAUUAGAGGAAGGCACAGGAAGUAACACAAAAGGAAGUGUCUUUUAAAGGGAGCUAUAACUUCCUGUGGAAGAGAUUCAUCUGAGAUUCGAGAGGAGAAUGGUCUUGAGAUCCUCAGAGAGGACUUCAACUUCUUCUGAGUUCGAGUUAGAGGUUGAAGAAGAUUCCACUAAGUGGACCCGAGACCCUGUUCCUGGUGAGGCUGUCCUUCAAUCUUUUCUUUUGGACUGACAUGUGGUGAGUGAAAAAACUGAAUCCUUACCUGGAUUUUCUGAAGAGACUAGCCUCAAGAGUGACCCACCUCUUGAGAGAGACAUCCCCAGUUCCUCAGGACUAACUCUCCCUGCUUGGGUUGAGGCAGGGACCAGGAGCAAAAUACAUAGUGCUUAGGCUUAGAUAUCUUACCCUAUCCUCUCUCUCACUUCCUAACUUCAUUCUUUCUAUAUUUUGUAAAUAAAUCUCUUUGGAAUUAAUAAAAUUCCUGGUGACCUUAUUCUCAAAUAAUUCAGUCCAACCUUUUUUAUAAAGUAACUUCUUUCACCCAUACAGUCUUUAGCAAUAUUAUCUAAAUUUUGUCCUGCUGGUGAUUUUAUCUUGGCUUCAUAUCCCAGUUGUAAACAUUAAAUUUAAUGGUUGGACUUAAAUUAUAUGAAAUAAUAUGGUCGCUGAAAUUAUGAAAUCUUAAGUCAGAAAUUUAUUUACCAAAAUAGAGGGGAAACAAUGAAGUAGAGAAAUGUGAAAGAGGUUAGAGAAAAUAGCUAUACUAGUCCUCAGCCAGGAGGGCCAGUAGUGAGUAACCACAAGGCCUCCUCCAAGAUGGAAGCUAGUCUCUAGGAAGGGAGUCUGCCUUUUUACUCACCCAACAAAGUAGUCCAGGAGCCACAAUCUAGGAUGAAGUUCCCUUGAAGACUAUCUCCAGGAGACUCAACUUCAGGAGACUGCUCCAGCCCAAGGAUUUCCUGGCUUUUUUGGUGGUUUCCUGGCCCACAGGGACCAAUCACAAUUUCCAAAUUGUGCAGCCCUGCCUAGGGGCAGUGUCUGUGGUAUUGACUUCUCACCUCUAAAGGUGUUACCUCUCCUCCUAUGUAGUAGUUAAAGGAAUUGUAGAGGAUUGAAGAGAUACAGGGGAUAAGGAAUGUUUUUUUAACAGGGAAUGGAGGAGUUGAAGGGAUAGAGAGAAUAUGGAUACUAGUGAGGUAAAAGGAGAGAAAUAGCCCUUGUUGAGAAGCUCUCAGAAAAAUGGGAUUCCAGAAAAUGGGCCAACUAUGAUAGCUUGAGGGGAUGUCUUCUCUAUUGAUUGAUGUUGAAGAUACCCCAGGGCAGAUAAGCAUGGACCUUCCUGAGUGACAAGCUCCCCUCCCCCAAGGUUGCCUAACAGGGGUCCAAUAAGGACUGUUUAUGGUUGAAUGGCUGACCUUAGACUCUGCUCCCUCUAUGUCCCCCUGAAAUGAUAGUUCUCCUCUUAUCUGACUGCAGGUUAUUUAACUCAAGAUGAAUUUAAUAACAAAUUUGGAUUGGGAAGGUAUCAGUAGAAGGAAUAGAAUUCACAUGUUUCUGAGUUGUCACCCAGUUUGUGGGUUGCAAACCUCCCACCACUUAAGGUUAAGUAGGGGUUAGGGUUUCAUGAAUCAGGAAGAUAUUAAAGACGUAUUCAAUGGCUGACUCUAUGGAGCAAAGUGUUCAUGGACCACACAUGGAUAUAUUUCUAAUAUUUCAUAAGAUCGAUUUCUGAAUCCUUAAAUUCACUGGGUAUUAAAUUUUCCUGAACCUAGAAAUCAAGCCUUUACUGUGAUCUGCAGUAUAAUGUCAAAGACCUGUACUCAGCAUCUGAAUGAGAGGGCGCCAGUGCUCCGAAGGAAGAAUGACUUUCAAAGGAGCAUUGUGUUGGUAUCUGUUCCUUUAUCUUGUUGUUGAUGGCCAAUAUGAUGCUAAUAUUACUGCCAUGACACCUGUUUGAUUGACAUGCCGCAACCCCCAUUCCUACUUUCCUGAAUAAAGGCAGUUCAGCUGAGUCACUCUUGAACCUCUGACCAUCUGAGGAGAAGCUGACAGGCUGACCUGAUGACACCACA